AAAACGACCCUGACUCGUGUUUGUUGCUCUUUCUUUUUAACUCUUUUGUCCCCUACAGUUUCUCCAUUAUUGAGCUUCAAGCUGACUCAUCAGAGCUAACGUUCUCCUUCAAGUUUUCCUCUAGGCUGAAAGAUUCUUUUUCUGUGAUUAUUUUUCCUACUCGCCAUUCUCUUUCCAUUGGGUGCUUCCUAUGAUGUUAAUGGAAUCCAAACUGGCUAGAUUUUAGGCUUUCACGCUUUCCGUAUAAGCUUGCCUGUUGUAAUUAUUAUAUUAAAACUAUUAAACCUCUGUCUCUCUCUCUCUGUUUUCUCCGCUUGCUGUAGAUUUACUCCAUUGGUUCCAACGUCCCAACUCCUUUGUCUCUCCCUAUACUUCAGUACCAACACGCUCUUUCGAUACCCUUUUCUCCAUAGUUGUCUUUUGAUCUUUUUCUUUUUGCUAGUUGAAUUCAAGAUGGCUUCAAUCACUAACGCGGCUCAUACUUUGGUAACAAAUUCUCGGUUUUCUUCUCUAUAUUUAUCGACAAACAAAGUUUUGCCUAGUUGUCUUUUGCUCAAGACUCGACCAUCAGCUUCUUCAAGGGCCUCGGGCCUUGCGAUUUCACCUUUACCGGACAAAAACAAAGCUUGGGUUCCUGUAGGGUUCUCUGGCAAGCCUUUGACAUUGCCUGGUUGGAAUCAGACCUUGAGGCGGCGGGGCCAAGUUGAGUUCCCGGUCGCUGCAGCUGCUGCGGCUGCUGAUGGUGGUGAAAUUGAGAUUUCUGAUGGGUAUGCAAAGCCUUCAAAGAGUUUUGCAGAGAGAUUUCCUGCUUUGGUCACUGGUUUUUUCUUCUUUAUGUGGUACUUCUUAAAUGUAAUCUUCAACAUACUCAACAAGAAGGUCUACAAUUAUUUCCCAUAUCCAUAUUUCGUUUCAGUUAUACAUCUGGUAGUUGGAGUGGUCUAUUGUCUUGUCUGCUGGGCUGUUGGCCUGCCCAAAAGAGCUCCAAUUGAUAAGGAGCUCUUGGUGCUAUUGACUCCUGUUGCAUUCUGCCAUGCCCUUGGACAUGUCAUGUCCAAUGUAUCAUUUGCAGCUGUUGCUGUGUCCUUCACUCACACUAUUAAAGCCCUGGAGCCAUUCUUUAACGCUGCAGCUUCUCAGUUUGUUUUAGGCCACCAGAUUCCCCUGCCCCUGUGGCUUUCACUAGCUCCUGUUGUUAUUGGUGUUUCAAUGGCCUCACUGACUGAACUUUCUUUCAAUUGGACUGGUUUCGUUAGUGCAAUGAUUUCAAACAUUGCAUUUACUUAUAGAAGCAUAUAUUCAAAGAAAGCAAUGACGGGGAUGGAUAGCACAAAUGUUUAUGCUUAUAUCUCAAUAAUCGCUCUCUUCGUCUGCCUCCCACCAGCGAUAUUUAUUGAGGGACCUCGGCUGAUGCAACAUGGUUUCAGAGAUGCCAUUGCCCAAGUUGGUCUAGUCAAAUUCUUGUCUGACUUAUUCUGGAUCGGAAUGUUUUAUCAUCUCUACAAUCAGCUUGCAACUAAUACCUUGGAACGGGUUGCACCCCUUACACAUGCAGUCGGAAAUGUAUUGAAGAGAGUUUUCGUUAUCGGCUUCUCUAUUGUGGUAUUUGGCAAUAAGAUCUCCACACAAACUGGGAUUGGUACUGCAAUAGCCAUUGCAGGAGUCGCCAUCUAUUCCCUUAUCAAGGCAAACAUGGAAGAACAGAAAAGAAAGGCUGCUUUAAGUCCUGCAUCCUAAGGAAGCUGGAGAUGGACUGCAAAGCCCUGUCCACUAACGUAUAGAUAACAAAGACAACUGAAGAUUGGAAAUUUUUGCCUAGUUUAUGCUCAUAAAACUUUUUGAAGAGGGAUGCUUUGACAACCAAACUAAGGAAUGAGAAAAAGAAUAAAAGAACCCCAACUUCCCGGAUUGGCUUUAUUGGACAAUGAUCUUACCACAUUGGAACAAUAAUAUUUCAAAUGAGAAAUACCAUUGAUUUUUUCCUAAGGGAAUGCUUGUUUUGUUUUUUUGUUGGCAAUGCCAAUGCUACUAACUAUAACGAAGAGUAUCAAGUUUCAGUUAGUUGAA